UUAUAACAAACGACACCAAAUCCUCUCGAGCUAUCUCCCCUGUCCUGAGGGCUCCAAUGGCUAAACCAGUCUCUCUGUCUCUCCUCUUUCUCCGUCCAACACUCACGCUCUCUCGCUUACUGCAACCGCACCCCAACCUCCGCACUGUACUCUGUCGAUCAUGGUCCCCCAAAAUGCCGUCGUUCUCAACCACCUCCACUCCCUACCCACUUCAGUACGACAUGAUCGUCAACCGCCCUACUCAGUCCUCGCUUGAUCACAAUCGCCGCCGACCCGCCAGAGUCAGCAGACCGGACUCCGAAACCUCCCUCGAGUCCGAAUCCGACUUACCGGAAAAACCGACGUCGGCGUCGGAAUUGGGGUUCGAGAACUGGCUCGACGAGAAGCUGGCGUCGGCGGAGAUGGACAAGUCGAAGCGAAAGUACUACAAUAAGAGGAGGAAGAGGAUGUACGGGACGGAUUCGGAGGAGGAGGACCGGCGGCGGGAGGAGGAGGAGAGCUUGGUGGAGCUCAAGCCGGAGGUGGUUGAGUUCAACACGCUGCAUAAGAGGGAGGAGGAAUUGUACUUUUACGACACGUUUGCGUAUCCAUGGGAGAAGGAGAAGCAUUACAAGAUGGUGUACCAGCUGGAGAAGAAGUACUAUCCUGACCAGUGUCUCGAAAAGGCAUUUCUUGAACCAGGGGAGUCAAAUUCCGGUGUCAAUGGCGGUAGCGAUUUGAAGGGGAAGGCGAAGCCAAAGAAAACGAAAGACGGGGAAGGUGAUAAGGGAUUGGUGUUCUUUGAGCAGGCGGAGAGAGAGGAGAAGAAGGAGAGAGAAUUGGUGAAGAAUGUGAGUAGUAAAGAUGUGACAGAGAAGAAGGUGGAGGACUUCUUUAAGUGUUUGAAGAAAGUCCCCAAUGAAGAUGCUGGCAAUGGUAAUGGGGAACCAUAUCUUUUGACAAGGAAUACUGAGCUUCCUCCGAGAUGGGACGGUCCUUAUGGAACUGUGGUUUUGGUGAACAAACCGAAAGGAUGGACUUCUUUUACAGUUUGCGGAAAGCUGCGUCGCCUGGUGAAAGUGAAAAAGGUAGGGCAUGCUGGAACUCUUGAUCCUAUGGCAACUGGUUUGUUAAUUGUAUGUGUUGGUAAAGCCACUAAGUUGGUAGACGGAUAUCAAGGUAUGAUCAAGGGGUACAGUGGAGUUUUCCGUUUGGGGGAGGCUACUUCAACUUGGGAUGCUGAUUCACCGGUCAUUCAGCGCGAGCCCUGGGAGCAUAUCAAAGAUGAAGACAUAAAGAAAGCUGUUGCAUCCUUUUCUGGGGAGAUCUGGCAAGUACCUCCCAUGUUUUCUGCCAUCAAAGUUGGAGGUGAAAAGAUGUAUGAGAAAGCAAGAAGAGGAGAAAGCAUUGAGCUCUCACCUAGACGUAUAUCAAUCUUCCAGUUUGACAUUGAGCGCAGCUUAGAUGACAGACAAAAUUUGAUCUUCCGGGUUAUUUGCUCCAAAGGGACAUAUAUUCGGUCACUUUGUGCAGACUUGGGGAAGGCUCUCGGAAGCUGUGCCCAUUUAACUGCUCUUCGAAGAGAUUCUAUCGGUGAAUACUCUGCAGACAAUGCAUGGGACUUCAAAGAGCUGGAAGAGGCAAUUACCAAAACUUAUUUCUAAUUAGUGAUUGCAAAUCUAAUUCUUUACCUCACAAGUUUUGAAGCCUUCACAAAACAACACAAGAGGAUAGAUCAUCGAACGAUUCAUUUCGAGCUCAUAAUUUGUAACCCUAGAUAUUGAGAUUGUUUCUUCAAUUUUUUUUCUUCAUCUGUUAAUGUAAAAUAUAGCAAUUUUUUGUAUUAAUUGAAGAAUUUAAAUUGUGAAAAUGUUAGUUUCA